AUGGGCGGCGCAUGCGAGGCACUUGGUCAAAACCUCGCGCUCGCCGAAAUGGAAACUGAAGCGCCUAGUCGCGCACCACCAACUGGGGACAUAAGCUUGUCGGUGUCAGGAGUCGACCUAAUUGAUUGGAUCGACCAGCCACCAUCGUUUUCUGCUUUUCAGCUCGUUGUGGCCACAAACGAUGGCUCUUCUACUAUAAAUUCUUAUUGGAACGAGGUCUUCCCGAGAACCCCCAUGCCCAAUGCCAUUAGAGCUCUCCUGCCAUCCUCUCCUGAGAUAUCAGGAUUUAGUCGCGGUCUUCACCACUAUGACCAAGUGGAAACACCUCUUUAUCCUCAACCCUGGGGUAGAAGGUGGGGUGUGUUGGGUAAUGACCACGAUCAGUUUAAGAGUAAUUGGUCACCGAACCUUGCACCUCUGUAUUUCUUAAGGGACGACCUGCAGCCUGGUAGCAAGAUGAACGUCACCAUCAUGAUCAGCCCGACAAUAAUAGAUGCAUUGAGCCAACCUUCUUGCCACGCCAACGAGCUGAAGCAAUUCCCUUCUCGACCUCCAAUCUCACUACCAUCCUUAAUCCUUAAGAUGUUCUCCAUUCAACCCCACUCUGAGCAUGCAUCUCUUACAAGCCAAACGCUUGCUGAUUGCGAGAUGCCUGCACUUAAAGGAGAAGUUAAGUAUUGUGCAACAUCACUGGAAUCCAUGAUUGAUUUCGUUGUCGCAGAACUUGGAAGCCGUGAGAUUCAUACAGUGGUCACUUCCGUUGUUAACAAAGAGGAAAAAGUGAAGGCCAGGACUUAUAGGGUAGGUGAUGGAGGGGGAAAGGUGAUAUCUUCCAAAGUUGUGGCAUGCCACGAUGUGAUGUUUCCUUAUGUCGUCUUCUACUGCCACAUUUUCCCAGGGACAAGGCCAUACAUGGUUCCUUUGAUUGCUGACGAUGGUAGCCAGGUGAAUGCCAUUGCUUUGUGUCAUUUUGAUACAUCAAAAUGGAAUCCUGGGCAUGCCAGCUUCCAGUUGCUAGGCGUCAAACCUGGAACUGUUCCCAUUUGCCACUUCAUUGUUAAAGACCUUGCUUGGGUCCCCAACUAA